CAAAAGAAGAAAUAGCUCCCAGAAUAAACAUGUGCUGUGAGUUCAUCUCUUUGCUCAGUGUCCCCCAGCACUGUAGAGAAGAGAAGCCUGGCUGUGUGAUGCAACACGAGAAGCUCGGCAGAGAAACCUGACUUGACAGAGUGGGGUUAAAAUACCUGCGAGGAAAAAUCCCAUAAUGCUCACCACUAGCUACAAAGGCAAACGGCUCACCUUCACUUUUGAAAGACAAUUCAAAUUUUCUGCAUGCCUGGAUUUGGCCUUUGCACAGAGUCAAAGUGUUGUGCAGCCACGCCGAGCCACCCCGCAGAGAGAUAUAUGGCAAAAGCAGCCUCCCGAUUUUAACCACAAAUUCUAUAAAUCUUCCAGGCCUUCACGAAAACCAGCAGAAAAGGAAGAACUGAAGAAGGCCAAUAGCACAGAAUCUGAGACUAAGCAACAGCUACCAAAGAUAAAAACCAGCCAGUUCCACACUGCUUUGGAAAGGAAGAAAGAGUUGCCCAAGAUUGUCACAAGGUUUCCACACGUGGGCUCAUAUGAAGUGGAUAUAAUGUUUGUGAAGAAUGGAAAAUAUAAGACUGGCGUCUACCAAGAUCCCAAACCACAUGAUUUUAGGCAGUAUGAAACUAAUAUACCAGACUUUGUGACAAGUUACCCCAGAGACCCUUUCAAUUUAAAGUUCAAAUCCCAGCAUUUAAAUGCAGUUCAUGGACUUCAGCCAUUGAAAGACAAGCAAAAGGACACCAAGGGGAGAUUCAUUACAUACAAGCCUCGUGAAUGCAAAUGGGAAUCCAGGCUAAUCCUGCCAAAGAACCCUUGGCCACCAAAGUCUGCUUCAUUUACGAGACACAGAAGGCGACGUGGUGCCCACACGGCGUUCCUAGAUCGUGUGGAUGAAAAGCUACGUACAAUAUGGCAGGAGGAAGUAGGAAAAGAAUGCACCCAGGAUGAAAGCACAGCUGCAGCAAUCUUCACUGUUCAGAUGGAUGACUACCUAGGUGGGAAACCUGUGCAGAGUAGAGAAAUUCAAGGAUACGAGUCUACUGACUUUGUUGGAUAUUUCAAAGGAGGGAUUAAGUACAAGGCUGGUGGCGUUGCAUCUGGAUUUAAACACGUAGUCACUAAUGACUUGAGUGCACAGAGGCUUCUGCAUAUUAAGGGCCGGAGGGUAGUGAGAGCUACAGAAGUUCCUCUCAGCUGGGCCAGUUUCAACAAAGGAGACUGUUUCAUUGUUGAUCUCGGAACUGAAAUUUACCAGUGGUGUGGCUCAACAUGCAAUAAAUUUGAGCGUCUGAAAGCUGCUCAAGUUGCUGUUGGCAUUCGGGACAAUGAGAGGAAUGGAAGAUCUCAGCUAAUUGUUGUAGAGGAAGGAAGUGAGCCAAGACAACUUACAAAGGUUUUAGGGACUAAGCCACUGCUUCGUGAGGAUGAUGAUAAUGAUGAUGAGGCAGCUGAUAUCACAAACAGGAGAAUUGCUAAACUAUACAUGGUGUCAGAUGCAAGUGGGUCCAUGAAGGUGUCAGUGGUUGCAGAGGAAAACCCCUUCUCGAGGGCUAUGCUGUUGUCUGAAGAGUGUUUCAUUUUGGACCAUGGUGCUGCAAGAAAGAUCUUUGUGUGGAAAGGCAAAGAUGCUAACCCACAUGAGAGAAAGGCAGCCAUGAAGACUGCCGAAGAAUUCAUACAACAAAUGAACUACCCUGCCAACACCCAGAUUCAAGUGCUUCCAGAAGGAGGGGAAACUCCCAUCUUCAAACAGUUCUUCAGAGACUGGAAGGAUAAAUAUCAAAGCGAAGGCUUUGGGAAAGUCUAUGUCACUGAGAGAGUGGCUAGAAUUGAGCCGAUUGAAUUUGAUGCUACCAAGUUACAUGAAUUUCCACAAAUGGCUGCCCAACACAAUAUGAUUGAUGACGGUUCAGGGAAAGUGGAGGUCUGGCGUGUUGAAAGUAAUGGCAGAAUCCCUGUGGCAUCUGAGACAUAUGGAGAAUUUUUUGGCGGUGACUGCUACAUUAUACUUUAUACUUAUCCUAAAGGACAGAUCAUCUACACAUGGCAAGGGGCACAUGCAACAAAAGAUGAGCUGACUGCAUCUGCAUUCCUGACCGUUCAGCUUGAUCGGUCACUAAAUGGACAGGCUGUCCAGAUCCGGGUCUCCCAAGGAAAAGAACCUACACAUUUGCUGAGUUUGUUCAAAGACAAACCACUCAUUGUCUACAAGGAUGGAACAUCCAAGAAAGGAGGUCAGAAACCCCCUCCCUCCACGCGUCUCUUUCAAAUUCGCAGGAACCUGGCUUCCAUCACCAGGAUUGUGGAGGUUGAUGUUGAUGCAACUUCAUUGAACUCCAAUGAUGUUUUUGUUUUGAAACUGCCAACAAACUCCGGCUACACCUGGGUCGGAAAAGGAGCAAGCAGAGAAGAGGAAAAAGGAGCUCAAUAUGUAGCCAGGAUUCUGAAAUGUCAAACCGCUAGGAUUGCAGAAGGCCAGGAACCAGAGGAAUUCUGGACAGCCCUUAGAGGUAAGAAGAAAUACCAGACUUCAGCACAGCUGCUAACUGAGUCUGAAGACCACCCUCCUCGUCUCUAUGGCUGUUCCAAUAAGACUGGCAGGUUUAUUAUUGAGGAGGUCCCAGGAGAAUUCACUCAGGAUGAUUUAGCUGAAGAUGAUGUCAUGUUGUUAGAUACGUGGGAGCAGGUAUUUGUCUGGAUUGGUAAAGAUGCUAAUGAAAUUGAGCGAAAUGAAUCUGUGAAAUCUGCCAAACGCUACAUUGAGACAGAUCCUUCUGGAAGAGAUAAGGGGACUCCACUUGUUAUUGUGAAGCAAGGAUACGAGCCCCCUACAUUCACAGGCUGGUUCCUGGGCUGGGAUUCCAACAAAUGGAAAAACUGAUCUGUCGGUGAAGGCCUCCACUACAAAGAGAACAGCAAUCAGAGCACAACUAUUAUCUAGCAUUCUUAAGCAUUAGCUUGUAAAACAAUAUUGAUGCAGCUGUUGUCACCCAUUCCCCAGCGUUCUUAUAUUCCUCUGCGUAAACUAGCAUGUCUAAGCUUUGGAAAGGUUAAAUGAGAUGAUAAAGUAGUAACAUAACUUCUUGGUGGCGGGUUGGGUUUUUUACAAAUCUAUGUAGAGUGAUACCAUUGGUUUGGUUCUAAAAUGCCUUUUUUCAAACAAAACCUGUACAUCAGUAGCACAUUAAUAUACAAUUUACAAGCUAACAUUCAUCAGUGGGCCAAAUUCUGCUUUUUACCCCAGCAUAAGUGAGAGCACAAUUUGGCCCACCCAGGACCCAUUGAAGUUGAGGGGAAAGAAUCCCAGCAGCAGGAUUGAGCCCUAAUUUACCUAAAGUGUCAAAAUCCUGCAGUCCUUACUAGUACGAAACGUCCAUUGCAGUCUGAAUUAGGAGUGGGAGCUCUGUCCUGCAGGGUGCGGAUGAGGAUUCUGAGAGAGCCAAUGUGAAAAUGAUACUUUGUUACACGUGGUCCAGGAAAUGGAUAUAAUCUGAAUGGAGAAGACACUAUAGGCUUGAAUGAAUGUGAUGUGAACAUAUAUCAUCAUGAGGCCUAGCACAGUUGGCUGUGACAGACACUGUUUCUAUAGAGCCCUCAGACAUGGUCGCAUGUUAUCCCUGUUCUCAGAUUCCUCUAAUUUGGGGGUCUCAAAGUCCCGGCCCACGGGCCAUCUGCGGCCCGAGAACCUCCCCACUGUGACCUGCGGAAACUUUUAAAGAAGUUACUUCAUCCGGCCCUCAUGGCUGCUGGCUGAAGGGGGAGGCUGGAGGGGAGCGGGCAGGAGAGAUUCACAUGUCCCUCUCCGCAACAUUGCUCCAUCCUGCUGGGACCCUCCCAGGGGUUGCACUCGGCAACGUGUCGUUCGCCUCGGGCAGCUUGGCUCCCUGCAAGCGGUUCCCUAUCCCUCCUGUUCCCGGCACGGAAGACAGACCCAUGCAGCCACGCUGCCGGCUCUGUCCACUGCAGGCGCUGCCCCCCGCAGUUCCCAUUGGCUGGGGGAGAGGGACAGAGAUACCAUCACUAGUGGCCGGGCAGAGUCAGCCAUGGAGGCAGCAUCAUUAGUCGCCGGGCAGAGUCAGCUGGGGCGGCAUGAGGCCAAGGGAGGCGAGGGAAAAGGGUGGGAAACAGGCUGGGAGGUGGCGUGAACACCAUCUGCAGUGACAUUAUUGGCCCUCUGGGAGGAUCUGAGGACUGGCACCGGCCCUAAGGUAAAUUGAGUUUGAGACCCCUGCUCUAACUGCUGCCCUUAAACACACUUAAGUGAGCUAUUGCUCCUAACAGGCAGCAGGAGUCACUGACACCUUUAAAAGUGGAUGAACACACAUCAUUUCAUUCACCGGACUGUAAGCACACACUGCAUAUCCCAGCCACAAGUUAUCUCAGGCUGCACCAGUCUCGUUUUUUCCCCUACUCAUCAGUGCUCAGUUCUGUGCAAGUGUAGAGAUUUGCUCAUAUGGCCAAACAGAUUGUGUUUUUCCUCAAUGUGCAGGAGACUGAAACUCUUCACACGGGUGCUGAGCAGACUUCGAAUGUGCUGUGCCAAUGCUUUGGGGAACCACUUUUCUUUCAGCAGCACGGAGUAUCCUGUAAAGAUGGAGCUCUGAGUAAGCACUGUAGAAUCUGGCCUGGGGUCUCUCUCAAAAAUUGCAAAGAAUCACAUAGUCAUUCUGGUGUGAAGAAUGCAGAUGAUUUUUAUUCUUGUGAAUUUAGAAAAAAACAUGUUCAAACAGUGUGUGUGUUUGUGGUUUAACCAUACAACUCCCUGUAAAGUUAGCAGGGACCAUUCAGCUUCAAACCUGUCGCAAUGCUUUGAACAUUUAUCCCGUAGCAUUCAUUUUAAUGCCAAUGUGUACAUCGGUAAAUCAAAUGGACUCCGUGUCAAUGUGAAUUUUUAAAUAAGGAAUUCCAAUUGUGUUUUUUUAAUUGUACUUUUAAAUGAGUUUGAAAAUGGAAUUUUAAAAAUGGCUUUUUAUAUUUUUUCUAUAUGGUUAAUGGUGAAUUGGAAGCUCAGUAAAGCCAAAGGAGUGAAAGCA